ACGACUGAAGGGAGUUACCUCAGCGCUUUCCGAGAUAUGAGAUCGGGCCAUUUUCCUGUCGGUCCCAUUUUCUAUUAAACAAGAAAAUCACGAAAGUCACAGGGGAGAAGGAGGAAAGAAAACAGCAACAUUUGGAGAGGUCGCUCGGAAGACAGCUUAUAGCGCCUUUCUGCUCGCGGAUCAGUCGGAAUCUGCGGUGCAUGCACAGUAUUUCUCCCCCCGUGCGCGCGCGCGUGUGUGUGUUUACAAGUGUUUGAACGAGUGCCAGAAACGAGGGAAGAAGGAGGAUAAAGCCAAGGAAGGAGGGAUGGUGGACAAUUCAAGCAGUAGUAAGGCACAAAUGCCCAGCAUGUCUCAGGAGCCUGGUGUGGCCUUUCCUCAGAGCACCUCUACAGGGGGGAUGAAGCUGGAGGCAGUGAUGGAGCAGCUCCAGCGCCAACAGCAGGCCCGACUGGAAAUGGAGCGCAAGGAGAGGAAGCUGCGAGAGGCCCACAUCAUGUAUGCUCAGCAGGUUGCUGCCCAGCAGGCCAUCUUGGCGGCUGCCCGUGCUUCCGGGGCCAGCUUCAUGGGCAAAACCCUGGCCGGCGUCCCUGGUGGUGGGCUGCCCCCCCGGGUUUCCAAUCAGAGCAGUGUGGACUCGGAAAGAGAGGAUGACGAGGAUAGAGGCCGGGAUUCUGGGGAUGAGGAUGACGACAAUGAGAUGAUGGAGGGAGAUGAGGGCAGUGAUGAGGAUGAGGGAAGUGCCAGUGGUCUGGAGUUCCUCCGCAAGCAGACCCUUGCUUUGCAGCAGAGCGCCUCCCGCAUCCCAGUCCGUCCAUUUGGCAGUUACUCUGCUUCAGCCCCCCAGAGGUCUGCAUCGCCACCUGUCAGAGUAAAGCAGGAACCCGACGAGGGCCUGUCUCCUGCGGGGCCUCACUCUGCUACCUCUCCUAAUGGACAGGCAGACUGGGGCUUUGAAGAUCACUUCAGACAGAAUGGAAGUGCAAGCUGGGCGGAUGAGGCCGACAGUAGCAGAGGGAGAGGAGAGGCCUCCAGAGAUUUUGCAAAGUUGUAUGAGCUGGACAGUGACCCCAAAAGGAAGGAGUUUUUGGAUGACCUCUUCACCUUCAUGCAGAAAAGAGGAACCCCUGUCAAUCGUAUCCCCAUCAUGGCCAAGCAGGUUCUGGAUCUGUACAUGCUGUACAAGCUGGUGACAGAAAAAGGAGGCUUGGUGGAGGUCAUCAACAAGAAGAUCUGGAGAGAAAUCACAAAGGGACUCAACCUGCCUACCUCUAUCACCAGUGCAGCUUUCACCCUGCGCACACAGUACAUGAAAUACCUGUACCCGUAUGAGUGCGAGAGGAAGGGCCUCAGCUCACCAGGUGAGCUCCAGGCUGCCAUCGACAGUAACCGCCGUGAGGGUCGCCGCCCGAGCUACAGCAGCAGCCUCUUCCGCUUCUCUCCCUCUCCCAGCACAGCCCCCCACAUCCUCUCACCUCCCAAAAUGCACCUUUCAGCUCUGGGGGCUGGGACCUCAGCGGCCCUCAACGGCCUGCAGGCCUCGCCAGGACCCUCUCUGAAGAAAGAUGACCUGACCCCCUCCAUUAUGGCAGCAAGGCCCUCUAUGGCACUGGCCCUGGGUCAGCAGCAGGUUGCUGGUUUGGCAAGAGCCGCCACGCUGGAGCAGUUGAGAGAAAAGCUGGAGACCGGAGGAGAGGGGCCAGAGAGGAAGAUGGCCCGUCUGGCAGAAGAGCAGCAGCGCCUGAUGCAGCAGGCUUUCCAACACAACCUGCUGGCCAUGGCUUCCCAAAUGCCCAUGAACCUGCGCCUGGGAACCCCCGCCAUCACCACCAGAGAUGAGAAGCAGCAGGACAUGUCUCUGAGCAUCUCGACUAAUGGAAAUGCCAGCAUCACUGUCUCAGUGGAGGUUAAUGGCACAAUCUACUCAGGAACCCUGUUCGCCCACAAGUCUGGUGGGGCCCCGGGGCCUGCUGUGUCGGCUGCCACUGCUUCAGCCUCCCCCGCUGGAACCAGCACUAGCUUUGGCUUCUCUGCACCCCUGGCUCAGACCCUCAGCCCCACGUCCUCCUCCUCCUCCACCAAGGGCCCUGGCUCGGCCGAGCCAGCCCCCAGCGGGUCACCCUAACUCAGGUUGCCAUUUUGCACCUGCUCUCCCCCAGGCCUCUCUUCCACCGGGAGACCCCGCAUGAAUAUACAGUACAAUGAGAAACCGAUAAGAUUAACAAACUGUUGCACAACAAAUACCUCAUCAACCCUGUCAACCUCUUGGCUGUCCAAUCAUGAACACAGAGCCCGAGAAUAUUAUAUGACAACACGUGCCCAAACGCACAGCUAUGCAUUUUAUUCAACACACACACACAUACACGCUUUACUACACUACAAACACACAAUCAUACUCACACAGACACACAAUCUACACACAUUUGUUAAUUGUAAUGUACAUGCUAAACACAAUCAGCUCAGCCAAAACCCACUGACAGGUGUAGUCACAACUGAACUUGAAAAGAUUUAUCUUAGGACAUUUUGUUUGUUUGUUGCCAUUUUGUCGUCUUUUUGAUUUUGUGUUUUAGAAUGAUUUUGUUUUUAGUUUUUCUCUUUUUACAUACCUCAAAUCAAGUAACCUGCAGUGGUGUCUUUACCUCAGGAGGUGUAGUAUAUUUAACCUGAAUCAACUUUAUUUUUGUAUUCCUUUUGACCUAGUUGCAAUCAGGGGAAGUUGGGUAACUCUCAGCAGUGGAACCUCAUGUACAGAGCACCCACCUCACAGUGAUAGGCCUCCAACCCGGGCCGCUCAGGUUUCUUUAACAUGCUGUAGCCCCUUGCUGAACUCAAACUGGUGAAUGACCGGAUGCUGUAGAUCAGCACAUAAUAUAUAAAUACCUCAUUACAUAACUCCGCCCCCCAGGUCAGAUCACAUGAAGUCCACUAUAAAAAGGCUGGAAGUACAAACCUAAACCUCGCACAGGUCUGCACAAGCUGUCUUUAAACAAAUAGCGCACAAAGUUGGGGAAACCUACAACAAGCCCUAGCAGACCCUGAGCUCAGUUCUUCCCCCCGGCUCCUAUCUGUGUUGCAGAGCAAUAGGACUGUGGUAGGACUGCGGCAUUCUUAGCCCUGCUACAGAAACAGGUUUGAGUUUGUUGACCCUCAUUUUGUUUGUGCAUCCUUCCUCCAGCUGCAGCCACAGAGCUGCACGUCAGUCUGACGGCGGCAUCAUCAACGCAUAGUUUUCAGACCUCUUACUGGCCUCUCUGCUCUGGAGGGCACCUCUCUCAGGAAGCAAUGUGACAACUGCAAGGAAGUCUCCGAUAAUUUAAAGAGAAAAAAAAAAGGAUUCAUACCUGAAGAAUGCACAAGUCUACAUGACUGUUUUAAGAAUACCUCAUCAGACUCUCCCCAAAGGAGAGUUACACUACAUACCUCAAACGGCUGCAAAGCCAUCGAGACUUGACGCACCAACCUAUGAUGGAAAUUGUACCUGAACUGAAACUGAUGUAAACAUACUGACACACUGCUGGUGGUUUUGGGGACAAACAGAACUGGGAUGGGCUUGCUAUCUCUCUCCUCCUGUAUUUACUUGUAAAACUUGUUUUAUGUUUGCUUCUGUUUUCUUUCUUUUUUUUCUUUUUACUUUUUUUUUCUUUUUUUUUUGGAGGGGGUUUUUCAAGUUGUUGUCUGAGAAGAGUGAUAUAUCUGCAUCUUUUUCAGGGAAGAGGAAAAGAAAAAGUUAAUUCCUCACUGACACUUUGUAGGAUUGCUAACAGGUUUCCAGGUCACAUGGGGUCAAGAAACAUAAAAAUGAACGUGUUAACCUCUAAUGUGACUGCGAACUUUGAAAUCACGGUUUAACUUCUUCUUUCAUGACAGCGGCGAAAUUAUAUGCAUGUGUACAAUCAUGUGACCAGUGUUUUAACACCCUAAUCCUCUGGUUAUUGCACAGCUAGAUACCAAAGACUAGCCCAGUCACUCCUCUAGAAUGAUCCCUCAUACAAGCCUGCUCAGGCCUGCUGUGGUGCACAGCAAGGCAGGUCAAGGUCUGUUUUAGUCGGGCAAAAAUGUUGAAUCUAAUCUCACUUUAACUGAUUUUGAGUUUUUUUUUUCCUAAAGCAAGUAAAAAUAUCUUAAAGGUGACAUUAUGUAAAUUUCUUUGUUUCACAUUUUAUGGCAUGGCUUGAUUGUUGGAACGCUAUAGUGAGAAUAAGUACAUUUAAAAUUGGAUUGAAAAUCUCAAAAUCAGAUUUUGUGACAUGCACAGAUAGACAUUUUGUCAGCUAUUAACAGCUAUUUAAGUGUCAUUACCCAAAAGAGUAGCCCAGAUGCUCCAAGCUGUCUCCCUAACUUAACCCCACCCACUGUGGACGCAGGCCUUCUCAGCCAAUGGCUGGUCAGAGGCCCAUGAGUCUAAUGAUUAAGACCCACUUCCUGAUAAUCCAGAGGCAGCUGGAUUAUCUCUUCAAUUGUAAGGUAUUUUUCUCCCUUUAAAAUAAAUUCUUAGCAUUUUGAAAUACCAUAAAGGAUGAAAAAGAACUUUCUAGCUUUAUCUGUGUUGAAUGUGAGGCAUUUUAACUGUUUAGAAACCUCUUUAAGCCCAGUGUGAUCUGAGGCGGGCAGCCUUGUUGCUUUUAUUAGACUGUAUUUUAGCCAUUACGUGUCAGGUUUUGCAGACGUUUUGCAGUGCAGAUCACAGUUGAGGGUUUGAGGGGGUUUGAGGAUGGUGCUAUUAAUCCUUUUGGUGUACCCCUUCACAACCUUGUAUGACACAUAACUGUAUUUUAUAAAGGUGAGAAUUGUAGAUGCUGCCUUAAAAAGUAGUUGCUGGUGAGAUCCGGCCAGCGGAGGGUUCACUACUCUGCUGGCUGGGGGUAAAUGUCUUUCUCUUCGAGCUUAAUCCUUUGGAGAGUAAUCACUUUUUUGGGGGGAAACCAUUCAAUCAAACGUUAGACACCAGUUGUCAAAGGAGAGUUUUGCUAUUUAUUUGUUUUUAUUUUGUUUUUUUUUUCCUGGUGGACCUUGUUUUUAGUAAUGGUCAAGCUUAAUGAUUUUAGGCUGAGUUACUAAAACACCUUCUUAUUUCUAAGUCCAAACUUUCUGUUUCAUCUGCUUGGUCUAAGCAAUGGCUGUUUGAUAAUCUAGCUUCACUGCCUUUGUAUGUUUGUAUGUGUGUGCGUGGUUGUGUGUGUUUCAUGUGCAUGCAAGCAGGUUGUUCAGUACACAUAUGCCUACAGUUAUACUGAAGGUGGCGCCACUGCCAUGAUCAUUAUGGUAUCGGUGGGGAGGAGGCGCUUUCUCAAACAUGAUUUUGUUUUUGUUUUCUACAGUCUUUGCUUCAAUGGGGGAAGUUUUCUCCAUUUACAUCUGUGCAGUUCCUAGUUUGUUCAUUGGGAACUGCCCAGUACAGUCACAGUCAUUUUCAGCUGUUGAAGGGCACUUUGUGUUUUGCUGUUUAGAGAGUGGGAAGCGUUGAGGGUUGGUCAUUCACUUCCCUUCUCUAAUCUCUUGGAUUCAAACUAGAAACCCCUCCGGUCACUUCACCAACCCCCAGGCUCCUGCCACCUGACUUGUUGUGUGGAGUAGUAAUGCAGCAAGCAUGUAAACUUGCGUGUGUGUGUGUAUCAGAGAUCCCUUUCCCCCCAACCUUGUCAUACCACAUUACCUCAGGGCAGUGGGCUGUAUUCACUGUUGCGUUCUAUGUUGAAGCUGCAUUGGGGACGAGUACUGAUGCAAGCUGCAGUCACUUCGCUGAAUGCUACUUUGGUUUUUGGUGUUGCAUUUUAGGAUUUUUUUUUUUUUCUUCGUCAGUAACUGCAGGCAAAGUCUCGUCACUCAGGAAGCUGUGAAGUUGGACGUCUGCAGAACCUUUUGUCUCUCAGAUGAUUUUUGGAGUUAAUUCAGUUUUAAAUUGUUGAAAAACUAACCUGAUCUGUGUAAAAACAGGCGCAUAUGCAAGUGGUUAUCGAAUACCUCAUUUAUCAAUUUUAUGUUGUUGUUUUUGGCUUGUACAAUGCUCCGUAUAUUAAUUCAACUGUGGGGUUUGUGCAUAUUUUUGUACUGUUAUUAUUAUUAUGGACAUGAUAAUAAUGAUAUUACUGAUAUUAUAGUUUUCUCUUUGAUUAAAGUAAACAAAAAUAGGACAAAACACAUGAAUGCUUGUAAAAACUGGUUUGUGCUGAUUGUAUUUAAGAGGAGCACUUUUCCAAAGUGGUUUUCACACAUUCAGUUUUGUUCAUAUUAGUAAUAUAAAGAUAUGGUUCUCAGGGCUUUAAACUUGUAUGUCAUGAUAAAGUUUUACUUUAUAUCUUA